AUGGAAUUAAAAGCGUAUGGUAAAGCAGGAGCAAUAGCUGAAGAAGUAUUUAGUUCAAUUCGUACAGUGCUAUCUUACAAUGGACAAGAGCGAGAAGAGAAAAGAUAUGAGAAACAUCUUGACGAAGCUAAAAGAAAUGGUAUAAAGAAAGGUAUAAUCAAUGGUGUAACAAUGGGAUCUGUGCGGUUUAUAAUCUUUUGUGCAUAUGCAUUAGCAUUUUGGUAUGGAGGAAAAUUAAUUCGAGACGAAGGAUAUAAUAUUGGAGAUGUUCUCAUUGUAUUCUGGUGGAUUAUCAUCGGUAUUUUUAAUUUGGGUCAAGCUAGUCCACAUUUUCAAGCUUUAGCUCAAGCUCGAGCUGCUGCUUACAUUGUAUGGGAAGUUAUUGAUGCACCAUGUAAAAUCAAUAGCGAUUCAGAAACUGGUCUGAAAAAAGAUGAUCUUAUUGGUAAUAUUAAUUUUUCAAAUGUUCAUUUUUCUUAUCCAUCACGACCUGGUAUUAAAAUUCUUAAUGGUGUCUCAUUUGAUGUCAAACAUGGUCAAACUAUUGCUCUUGUUGGAUCAUCUGGUUCAGGAAAAUCAACAUGUGUACAAUUAUUACAACGAUUCUAUGAUUCUGAUUCAGGUUCAGUUUUUAUUGAUGGCCAUCAAAUUACUGAAUAUAAUUUAAAAUGGUUAAGACAACGUAUUGGUGUUGUUAGUCAAGAGCCAAUUUUAUUUCAAGCAACUAUUCGAGAAAAUAUUUUAUUUGGAAAAGAUACAGCAACUGAUAAAGAGGUUUAUGAAGCAGCAAAAAUGGCUAAUGCGCAUGAUUUUAUUAUGACUUUACCUAAUGUACGUGAUACAUUAACAAUAUUAAUGUUAUUCUUCAAAUAUGAAACUCGAAUAGGUGAACGUGGAGCUACGCUUUCAGGUGGACAAAAACAAAGAAUUGCCAUUGCUCGAGCAUUGAUUCGAGAUCCAAAGAUUUUACUUCUUGAUGAAGCUACUAGUGCACUUGAUAAUGAAAGUGAAAAACUAGUUCAAGAAGCUUUGAAUCGUGCUGCUGAAGGUCGUACAACAUUAGUGAUUGCACAUCGUCUAUCGACAAUUCGUACAGCUGAUAAAAUUAUUGUGAUGCAUAAAGGUAAUGUAGUUGAAGAAGGUGAUCAUGAAUCAUUGAUAGAUGCUCGUGGAACUUAUUUUACUCUUGUUGAACAACAAAAUUUACGUAAAGCUGCAGAAGAAGAACAAUUAGCUCUUGAACUACAGGAACGUAGUGGAUCAAAUGUACCAAAUCAUAUUGAAGAAAUUCAAGUAGGUGUUGAAAGAAAAUAUGCUUCAACUGUUGCUAGUGUAGCAUCAUCAGCUAUGAAUAAAUUAAAUAGUAAAAAAAAAAAUUUACUAACAGAUGAAGAAGAAGUUGAAGAACAAACUACUGAAUUAAAAAAGAAAAAGCCUAAUACUGCUUUACAAGUGUUAAUUAUGAACAAACCAGAAUGGACAUUAAUAGUAUUUGGAUGUAUCGUAUGUAUAUGUAAUGGUGGUAUUCAACUAGCAUUUGGUGUUAUUCUAAGCAAGUUAACUGCAGUCUUUCAAGAAUGUGAUAAAGAAGUUCAAAAACACCGAAUUCUAGUCUAUAUAAUUUGGUUUAUUGGUUUAGGUGUUCUAUCAUUAACUACAAUGUUUAUUCAAAGUUUUUUAUUUGCUUGUUCAGGUGAAGCACUAACGAAAAGACUUCGUUCUAAAACAUUUCGUGCUAUUUUACGUCAAGAAAUUGCUUAUUUUGAUCAUCCAGAUAACAAUACAGGAGCAUUAUGUACACGUUUAGCCACUGAAGCAUCUGCUGUACAAGGAGCAAGUGGUAUUCGUAUUGGAACAAUGUUACAAAACAUAGCUACACUUAGUACUGGUAUUAUAAUUAAUUUUGUGUUUUCUUGGCAAUUGGCAUUACUUGUUCUUGCUUUUGUUCCAUUUAUGGUUGCUGGAAGUUUUUUAAAAAAUUAUUUAAUGAAAGGAUUUGCUAGUAAAGAUAAAAAAUCAAUAGAAAAUGCUGGCAAGGUAACAGUAGAAUCUAUACAAAAUAUUCGAACAGUUGUACAAUUAACUAAAGAAGAAUAUUUUUAUGAACAAUAUUGUUCACUUCUUGAAAAUCCUUAUCGAUCAUCUAAAAAAAGAGCAAAUCUCUUUGGUUUAUUCUAUUCAUUAUCAAACUCAAUUAUGUAUUGUAGUUUAGGAGCACUGUUUAGACUAGGUGCUUAUUUAGUACAGAAAGAUAAAAUCACAUUUGAAGCUUUUUUAUUGUGUUUUAAUUGUAUUUUAUUUGGUGCACAAUAUGUUGGACAAACAGCAUCUAUGGCUCCAGAUUAUAGCAAAGCUAUUCAAGCUGCUGAAAAAAUUUUAGAACUAUUGAAUCGAACACCGUCUAUUGAUAAUGGUUCAUCUGAUGGUGAUGAAAUACCAAACUUUAAUGGUGAUUUAGAAUUUGUUAAUGUUCAUUUCAUUUAUCCAAACAGACCUGAAUCAGUUGUUCUUAAAGAUUUUACACUUAAAAUUCGGGCUGGUCAACAGGUUGCACUCGUUGGUACAUCUGGUUGUGGAAAAUCAACGAUCAUUCAAUUAAUCGAACGUUUCUAUGAUUCAAAUGUUGGUCAACUGUUAAUUAAUUCAAAAGAUAUUCGAAGUCUGAAUCUUCAAUGGUAUCGAUCACAAAUUGGUAUUGUUUCACAAGAACCAGUCUUAUUUGAUAUGUCAAUAAAAGACAAUAUUGCUUAUGGUGAUAAUAGUCGAAGUAAUAUUCCUAUUGAAGAAAUCAUUGAAGCAGCUAAAAAUGCUAAUAUACAUAAUUUUAUUCAAAAACUUCCAAAUGGAUAUGAUACAAAUUGUGGUGCAAAAGGAACUCAAUUAUCAGGUGGAGAAAAACAACGAAUUGCAAUUGCUCGAGCAUUAAUUCGAGAUCCAAAGAUAUUGUUAUUUGAUGAAGCAACAAGUGCAUUAGACAGUGAAAAUGAAAGGAUAGUUCAAGAAGCAUUAAAUCAAGCUCAAAAAAAUCGAACAUCAAUUACAAUAGCACAUCGUUUAUCAACAAUUCAAAAUGCAGAUAUGAUCUGUGUUUUACAUAAUGGAGUUAUAGUUGAAAGUGGAACUCAUCAAGAAUUAUUUGAUCUACGUGGUCGUUAUUAUCAUUUAGCACUUGGAAAACUUAAAUAG